AUGGAUGUUCAGCUAUGGCAUGUGACACAUGUGGAGCCACUGGUGACUGCCAGUGGGUUAACUGCACAUCAACUGUUGGCUGUCGCAACAUGACGCUUAUGGCAGGCAACGAGACCUGCAGCAAUGUCAGCUGCUCAGCUGAACCCACAAUACCUACGCCUACACCUGCCUCGACUGCAAAUGCCUCUACGACUACUCCCCCUCCCACUACAGCGCCCCCUGCCCCUGUCACCACCACUAACGGCACCGCAGAAAAUGCAACUACUAUUUCAACCGUUGCCCCCACUCAAAGUGGUAACAGCUCCACCAUUACGCCUGCAUCCUCUACUUCAACUGGAACCAGCACAAGUACCACAACAGUUUCCCCUUCUCCUGAACCUCACAAGAACACCUUCGACGCUGCGAGCUUCAUUGGUGGGAUAGUGCUGGUCCUUGGCCUGCAGGCAGUGAUCUUCUUCCUCUACAAAUUCUGCAAGUCCAAGGACCGCAACUACCACACCCUUUGAAGCAGCCGCACUUUUGGAUCCACAUCACUCGACUUAUCCCCGCCGACCAGAGAAGAUUCCCCCGCUCGGCACGCAGUCACCGCAACAGACUCAAACAGUGUUUUCAAGCAGGUUUUCUAGAUCUUUGAUGUUUAUUCCACUAUUGGUUUAGGCCUGCAUUAGCGUCUGUAUUAAGGCAACCUUGCAGGUCUGCAUGUAUAAUUCACAUCGCACUAACGUGUCAAACUAAACAGAUCUCUCCAGUGAUAUUACAUUUAAGACUUGAGCAUAUGGAUUACAUCAUCUGGUUGCUACUCCCACCUCCUGCCGUUAGUCAUUCUGCAGAGACCAUUUUCCAGCAAAUUGAGGGGGUUUGUGUUAUUUACUGCCCCUCUCACCACAUGAGAGUUAAAGAAUUACUCAUACAUACAAAGUAGCUUUCCUGUCAAUGCUUGGGAGUUGUACAGCUGCAAACCGGUAGCAUUUACAUCAGUCGUGUCUUAGUUUGGAAACACUGUUUGAGUUCACAGCUAUUCUUUAAAUGUGACGACUGUGAUGAUUCAGUAUUGCUUUUAGAUCAUUCAAUCCCUCCCAGAUCUCUCUCUCCCCCCUCUCUCUCCCCCACCCCCCACCAUGCAGCUGUUUCAUGUAUAUGUGUUCAUAGAUGAUGUAAAAGAGGUGGGGAAUAAAAGCAACACUAAAUCAUCUGAUGUCAGACUUGAAAAAAUAGCUAUUCCUUCUGGUUAUUUGGGGUUAUUAUUUAGGAGUGCUGUGCGAUUUCUGCUGUUGACUUCCCUGGUUAACCCCCCCCCCCAAUAUUAGUUAUAAAGAGAUAUCAAAAACCGACUGCCAGUAGAGCAGCUCAAUGCAAUAAAUCAUGUAACAAGUUCCAUCUCAUCUCCCAUCCUUUAAUCUCCCAACUAUUAUUUCUGAUCUUUACCAACGUCAAAACUUACCCAUCCAGGUUGCUAAUUGUUGAGCUGGCCCCUUUGGUCUCAUGUUUUAUUUUUAUUUUUUUGGAGUUGUCAGGAAAAAAAGCACCUGUGGGUCAAAAUGAAAGAUUGUAGAAUAUUUCAUUUGUUUUAAUAAUGUAGAUAAUAUAGAGAAAUGGGGAGAUAAAAGCAAAUGGCAUGCACCUUCUUGAUGUGGACAGUGAUAGCAGUGAAGUGCCUUUAAUGUCCAGUAUGACUUAAAGUUAGACGUGGAAGAGGAUUUUCUGUCGAAUGAGGCCCGAGUGUUAUCGUUAGUUUAUGUUUCUGAGGAAGAAACGGUAUCGCGGUGCUGAUAUUGGUGAGGACCGUAGUAUCCCAGCUGGACUGAAGAGGCUUUUAUUGUUGAAGAAUACCGUAGAUAGUCGUCACUCGAGGGCCUUAAUCAGUCGAGAUUGAAGUUUUUUCCCUAUAAGUCGAGGACUAUAUUCAGUGCAUGAAACCUAUGGUCUUCUCACUGGUGACCUUGAUGAAUAAUUGAAGGCGCUCUCUCUCUUUAUUUGUAGCUCCCAAUGCUGCUCCCAAAUUUCCUCCCACCGCACUAUUUAUGUGUCAGAUGUGCGUUUAAUUUUGAAACACUGAACAAUGAGCUGGCAGGAAAUUUUGGACUCCUGUUGGGUGCUGUAAAUCUGAGAGGGGUACCUCGUUUUCUCUUUUCUUUUUUUUUUUUAAGAAAAGGCAAAAAUAUUGGAUUUAAUUUAAAAACUUGAGUAUUGGAGGGAGUGCAUUGAAGUAAAAACGUUGGCUUGUUUGAGUGCUGGUUUGGUUAAAUGAGCAUUGCACCUCUGAUUUCUGACUUUCUGUCGCAUAAAUGAGAGGAUUGUGAGUGAAGUGCAGAACUGCAACAGCGAAGUGGCCAUGCUAGAGCUCAUGUCAAGUUCUCUUAUUAGCUUGCUGCUAACUGUGAUUUUUUUUUUUCUUCUUCCCCCUCUUCCUCCAUUGUGUCCCUCCUGUACAUAGCCAUGUCCUGUUUUUGUUUAUCCUUUUGGUUUCAACUUGAGGAAAGGCUAAAUGAAGGAGUGUUUAUCAGUACAUUUUGCUUGUAGCGGCUCGUCAGUGUCAGGAAUGUUUAGUUAAACAGCUUUGUUUUUUUCUUUUCUUGAUUGCAUGCUGGAUGCUUGGAGUUGUGAUUUUUUUAUCCUCCCACUGCAUAUGCUCUUAAGGAUUUAGACACUUAAAAACCACUUGAUUAUUUGUGAUUAGCCCAUAUGCUAGCUGAAAGAAUUGCCUUGAAACAGUGUGCAUUAAGCCAAAGUCCUCAGUUUUGGCAUGGAAAUUGAGCAUUGCACUGACAAGCUUUGUUUUGUAACUUUGUCUUUGUACAUGUUUUCAUGAUUCAGCCAAAAAACAAAAAAACAACAAAAAAAAAAAUCCAAUGCUUGUAUAAAUACUCAGUCUUGAAUAGUAAUAGAUAGUGGAUGAAUAAUCACCUUGUUUUGUAUGACCACAAACAGUAAGAAAUUCAUGAGUGCAGUUUCUUUUUUUUCUUUUGGCUUUCAUCAUUUUAGGAGUACAUGUUUUUUCUGCUGCUCACCAUUAACACGCCUUUUAACCUAGUUACCUGGUGGCAUUAGGCUACAGCCCAAAGACCCAAUUAUGGUGAGUAGGCCGUACAGAGUUUGGCCUUAGCUGCACCCGUUUGUCCAUUCUCUGCAUGUGGAGAGCCUUCGCCCCCCAAAUUUAGAGAGAAAUAUUUGAGUUUUAUCCACAGCCGUCGAGCGCUACGCUGCGUAACCACUGAAAUCCAGUCAAAGCGCUCUCUGCUUUUCAACAUGCUUGCUGCAUUCCUUAAGAACACAGCAUCACAUGUUGACAUUGCCGUGUGUCCAAAACACCUCUGGUAUCCAUGGAUACCAAUAGAUGUCCAUUGUGUUGCCUCUCUGCAGCUUCUGCUACAAGUCCACUAACUCAGUCUGUGCACCUCUUUUUAAGGAAAAGUGCCUUAUUCAGUUAAUAUCCACAAAUAGUUGUAGUUUGUAAAAAAAAAAAAAAAAGAUAUGCCACACAUAUUAAAUAUCCACGGGACUCAGCACUUUCAGACCCCUGUGAAGUGUUUUUUUCUGUGUAUUCUGCUUAAAUGUCUUGUUUUGUCACGCUCAGCCUUAACUUCUUGAUCAAAACCCACAGAGCAUUUGCUUGUGACAGGCUGUCUAGGUAAUUAACAGGCGGCUUUUGAAUGCAGUUUGUGCGUUCAGAUGUAUCUUGUACUCCGUGGCUGGCAUGUCGGUAGCAUUUAAGUGCCUACAUUUUGACCAAUCGCACAUUGUAGGUGUUAAAAAAUGCUGCUGAAAUGGCUGUAACCAGCUAACGAAUGGCACAGUUUUCAAUUGAAGCCUGAUUGUAGCCUGGACAACUUCCCACCAGCACAUUGUAAUAAAAUAACUUAGCGGUAAUUGUGCAGCCACAGACCUCUUAAUGUUCUUUAACUGCAACAUUUUGUCCAUGAUGCAAACAGUCACGUGAUGACUUGAAGUUCUCUUUGGUUGUAAUUUUCAAUUGUUUUCAUUGAAUUACUUGUUUUCUUAGGAAUUCCUUAAGAAAAGUCCAAAUUUGCUUGGUCAUGGAGGGCUCUCCUAUCAGUUUUCAGCCUUGCAGUGUUCCAAGAGCAACAAGUUAAAAAGCUUUUUGAUUCCUUCCUUUGCCUCGUGGCUUUAUUGCUAUGUGCACACACACUGUAGUGCCAUAUAUUUUACCUUGUUGUGUUAAGAGGCCAUCAGUCUUGGUACGAUUAUUUUAAUUUUUUUCUGUGGCUUUGCUCCCACCCCAUUUUGAUACACACACACACACACACACACACACACAGCCAAACAUAGACACUUGCAGGUGCCACAAUGCCCCCCCACACCUCCAAACCCAAACCCCCGGAAAUGGUUUGUGCUUAUUUUUUUGCUCUUUUUUUUUAUUUUAUUUUCCUUCUUCUCUCAAACCUUUUUAUUUUGUGCCUUGUUUUUCUAGUGUUGCCUUUAGUUUCACGAUGUAAAACCAAUAAAGUUUGAAUAUUGUUAAACAAA